UAAUAUAAAAUUAGGAAAUUACAUGCGAGUAUGUAUCAUAAAUGACUAUGUGAACUAAACGAAAAAUGAUCAGGAUUAAAAUUUUUAUUUUAGGUAUUUUCAUCAUUUUUCAAAGCUGUAACAAUGCAAAUGAAAUUCAUGGUAGUCAAACAGACCCUGCCAUUACAGAAGAAUACACUACAGAAGAAUACACUAUGUCUACGCCAUUGGACUCAGAUUUUGUCAAUAACACUUACGUGGAUUACAAUUCUACAGAAGAAUACACUGUUUCAACACCGAUGGGUAAUGACAAUAACGACGAUUACGAAACCUUGAAUGCUUACCAAGAUGAUUUGGAAAACUUAACACCAGACGAUGUUGAAGUGUAUUUAUAUCGAAAUGAUACUUUGGAGUUUUUGUCCACAUUCCAGCCUGGUCAUCAGCGUGAUGUGAUCAGAAAUCAGUUGAAGUACUGCCCUUUCAACAGAUUAUGUGGAUUUUCAUUUAACUUGCCGAAUUCCUGGAUGACUUGUUGCCAGGCUUGUAGCUGCACUUUUCCGACAUGUGUCAAGGACAAAACUUGUUGCCCUGAUAUAUUAUUCCGUCAUGCCAAUGGAUUCAGUGACACCUUCGUUACCGAAGAAUUACCAAAACUUCUUGAAGGACAAAAAGUACAGAAGGACUGCAUUUAUCUUUAUUUGACAAAGUCCUUUCUCACUUACAAAAAAAGCGCAUACGGUUACGCCACCUGCCCCAUUGGUACAGAGUCGGAACUUCACAUAAACUGCACACGGUCAUAUAACGCCGAUGUUGUAUCAGAAUUAGUAGAGGCGGUACCCGUCAUAAGUAGAGAGACCAAUGAAUUGUACAGAAAUAUGUAUUGCGCGUUUUGUAAUGGUUUAUCUAUGUACGACUUUGAAAGAUUAGAUGCAAAACUAAUGUGCAGGGUAGCAACUUACUUUACUACUGAUACAGACAUCUUAAACGCAGUUUUCGUUGAGGGGAAAUGCGAUAUUGAGUUCUCGACGGAGCAUAAACUAAAUAGUUGUUUCACAUCAGUGUCAGGCUGUAGUGUAACUGGCACAUUUGAAGAAACUGUAUGUUCUACGUACAGGUCAGCUAUCUAUAUUGACGAGCAGCUUUUCCAAAACAUUUUCUGCAGUAUCUGUAAUGGUGUUUUACCAAGAUCCUUAACCUGUCCACUUGGAAGCAUGCAAGGAGCACGCAAUUUUGCAUUUUCUGGAUUGCUGAAGCUUGAUAAAGUCGAUGCUGUUCUUGAUAUUAGAAGUAGUAAUAACAGAGAUAUGGAUAAAUGCUCAGAAGAUCAGCUAUAUGACAAGAUACUGGAUUCAUGCAAAGACUUGGUGUGUUCAGCAAUUUCUGUACUUAACUCUGGAAAGUGUGUCGACUUGUUUACAAACCUGGAAAAGAUCACUUACACUGUAUUUCUUCGCUUAAAACCAGUCAACCCACUGUCCAUCAAAAACGCGUAUAUCGUCGCUGGUCACGUUAUUGCCCACAUGGAAGAGUUUCUGGAUGGAAGUGAAUUGUGCGGCAUGCAGAUUAUAUACAAACCUAAUGUGUCUUUAAGUAAAACUGAUCUUUCUUUUGUUGAAAGUUCAAAUUUACUUUAUUUCGAUGCAAGAGUGUGGUUUCAUAUAUUCAAACGUCAUGAUCCAAAUCAGAUCGUAGCAAAACUAAUGCGUCUUCAUGACUCAAAUCAAACAUUCAGGAUAAAUAACAGCACUGGACCUGUCACAUUUAAAUUUCAAGUCAAGGACGACAGUCCUGAAAGAUUUGAUCAAAUAUCUUUUCUGUCGCAGUCAAAUGAUGAAAGCAACGAUUCAGAGAUUUCUUCGGAAGACUAUGAAUUCGUACUAUUACCAAAUCUUAUUGCUUACAAUUAUGAAGGCAUCUGUGCUAUUCGAAAACAAGAUUUUAAUAUUAUUGAGAUCACAACCUGUCCAAAAAUAGAGUUAUCUGCAUCUGACCUACCUUGGAAGGAAGAAGAGAAAGGUAUUACUUUUCCAAUUGGACACUAUGUACUUAAAAGUAAUGAAUAUUAUUUCAUUGACGAGGACCACAUAAUGGUGUGUGCAGACACUUACAAACAUUACUUGACCCAGAUACCACAAGAAGAAAGCGAUACGUCUCUCUCAGUAGAAUCUAUAAUAUCUAUUGCAUGUUCAACGGUAUCUAUUCUAGCUCUUUCUUUUACCUUUUUCGUAUAUUGCUUCUUUUCUAAACUUAGAGGGACAAUACCGGGCAAAAACAACAUGUCAUUGGUAUUUACAUUAUUACUCGCACAGACCUUAUACUUAACUGGAAGCUUCAGUAAUUUCAAACGGAAUUCAACUGAAUGUCUUCUCUUCGGUAUAUUGAUUCAUUGGUCCUGGUUAGUAGCAUUGCUUUGGAUGAAUAUUUGCACUUUUCAUAUGUUCCGCGUUCUUGCCAGAACAAAAGUUAUGUCUCAAUCAUCGGGCACGAGAAGAUUGGUAAUCUAUCAAGUUUACGCUCAGUCAAUGGCCGCCAUAUUUGUUUCUAUAAAUAUUGGCGUAUCAUACGUCAUGAACGGUGAUUUUGGUUAUGGUACUGAGACUUGCUACAUUUCUUCGCAGCGCAUGAUUAUAUAUACGUUUGGUAUUCCUGCAGCUUGUGUCGUAAUUUCUAAUCUCUCUAUGUUUACGUUUGUUAUCAUUAAAAUCAAGAGGACACCUUCGGUUCAAAAGAAUGUUCAAAAUGAGCGCAAUGACCUAAUUGUGUUCGCUAAACUAUCGACCAUCACCGGCGCGACCUGGGUUUUUGGGUUUCUUUACAUGUGGACAAGUUCUACAGCGUUGUCCUACAUGUUUAUUGUUUUAAACGCUAGUCAAGGACUGUUCAUCAUGUUUGCGUUUGUAAUAAACAAGCGAGUCUAUGACCUGUUUAGAGGUCAGGUUUUAGGACUGACCGUUACGUCUUCAGAAAGUAGGCGUCCGACAUCCAAAACUUCCAUCAAAAUGUCUGACAAAUUGUAAUGGGUAUGCUUUCUACAGGAUGAAUUGUAUUUUAACCGAAAUAGUGCGAACAGAUUAUUAUUAAGUAUUUCUUUUUGGGUAGAGACUCUUUCUAAAUCGUUUGAUUAUGUGAGGUGUUAAGUGACAAUUUUACGUUAUGUGCAAUGACUUUUUUCCGGCUUACUGUAUAUUAAAUGAGUAAUUUUUGUCAAUCAACUUUUGUGUUAGCCUGACAAGAGACAAUUUGCGAAGGGGAAUGUUUUGAAAAUAUUUAGCUAUGGUUCUUGAGUAAUAAUGUUUGUAGUCCACGAUUAUUUAAUAGCUUUAAUGGAAUGAUCGGUUAAGGCAGAAGUAUAGUCUUUAAAUACAAAAGCUCCUAAGACAUAGUGGUAAACAUUUAUUUGCUUAGCCUAGCUGUUCCAGAUUUUUAUGUAAAAUAUCCUUACCUCAAGAAAAUUAUCAAGCCGUCGGGUCGUUUCCGUUUUAAACUUUACUGUGGAAAUAUAAGUUUUAGUCAUGCUUUUGUGUGAAUUGCGUCAGAUAGCGCGUGCAGUCCCACGGGUAGGACCAUCCCUGAGAUUACUACGCAAACAUUGUUUAUAUACUGAGUGUCAAUAUUGUUAUAAGCAUUUUAGUAUAGACAUUUUAAAAGGUUUUAUAAAAUCAAAUUAUUAAUGCACCCUAUUGUAUUGUACUGUUAUUGUAUUGUAUUUAAGAAAUAACAUACAUAAAACCAUGUUUUAACAUAUCGAAAGAACACGAAUACUUUAUACGUCUGUAGAAUUUCACGAUGACGUAGCCCAAGCGAAUUAUAUCCGCGGCGCAUAACCGAAUCGUAUCGUUGAGAUAUAUCAAAACAUGGUUCUGGUUCAUAUAUUAUAUCAAUUCAUGCAUGUCUUUUAUAUAAAUAAGUAAUAGCGGAGUGCCAAAUAUAGCAGGUUACAUGUCCCGCGGGAAAAAUGUCUUCUGCCAAAUGUAGAAUUUGAUUAAACCUUGGUUUUUCAAAACAUCAGAAUAUAGAUCUACGUCAAAUAAGAAAUAUAGGGUCGUGUGCUUGACUUUUUUUUUUUUUUUUUUUUUUUGGCUAGCUCUAGACUGAUUUAAAAAACUUGGACCUCAUGCAAUUUACUAAAUGGUAGUCAUCGUAUGGGAAAAACACUAUUUUCGUAGCAACAUCUUUUUACAAUGUAGAUUUUAAUGAAACUUUGCACAGUCGUAGCUAAACAUAUUGUCUUUAUUGUGGUGAAAUAAAAUGUGUAGGUUUGUGUGCUUAUUUUUUGAGAUAUUUAGAUUUAACAAUGAUUAAAAUAAACCGCACAUUUCAAGCUAAUUUCAAGACAAUGUUUUGAAUUAAAUAGCGUGUCAGAUGUUUUAAUAUCAUAUUUUAACUUUAGAAAUAUAGUUAGGGUCCCCUAUAGUAACAUUGUGAAAAAAUACUCACGGGUUGCUAUUAAUUCAUAAAUGAUUUUCAUUCCGUACUCCGAAUCCAGGCUUUAUUCUACGUUUUCCAGAUAAAGGACAUUACGCUAUCACUUCCGGUUUAUCAAACGAGCAUAACUACCUUAAGCUUCAAUGGAAACUGAAGCGUCAAUAUUUUUCCAUAAUGACGUUCAAAUAUCAUAUCGGGUGUGUGACGUCAUUUGUGACGUCAAUUUCAUGUAUAUCGUCGCGUUUAAAGAUAAUUCCUAUAGUUUUUUGCCUUUCAUAGAGUCUUUUUCAAAUUCCCAUAUUAAUUAUAUGAUAAGACAAUUUGUGCUGAAAACAAUGAACAAAUAAAAACAAUGGGUCUCCAGGCUUGUUUUUGUGAAAAUUUGUUUUGAAGACACCCACUGUUGCUGAAACUGCUAGCGAUUUUUCAACAUUUUCAUAAUUUUCUGGUUUUUAGCGUGUUAGAUGUUUCAAUAUCAUAUUUCAACUUUAGAGAUAACUUUCUAAAGUUUUUUAACUUUUUAACUUUAGACUUCGUGACAGGUGAGCUAUUGUGACCGCUUGGUGUCCGUCGUCCGUUUGCGUCAUCCGUCGUGCGUCGUCCGUCAUUUUUUAAAAAAAAAACUUCUUUUUGAAAACCACUGGGCAUAAUUACACCAAACUUCAUAGGAAUGAUCAUUGGGUGCCCCCCUUUCAAAAUUGUUCAAAGAAUUGAAUUCCAUGCAGAACUCUGGUUGCCAUGGCAACCUAAAGGAAAUUUUUUUAAAAAUAUUCUUGUCCAAAACCACAGGGUCUAGGGCUUUGAUAUCUGGUGUGUAGUAUCAUCUAGUGGUCCUCUACCAAAAUUGUUCAAAUUAUCUCCCUAGGGUGAAAUAUGACCCCGCCCCUGGGGUCACAUUGUUUAUAAAGACUUAUAUCGGGAAAACUUUGAAAAUCUUCUUGUACAAAACCACAUAGCCUAGGGCUUUGAUAUUUGGUAUGUAGCAUUAUCUAGUGGUCCUUUACCAAGAUUGUUCAAAUUAUCCCCUAGGGUCAAAUAUGGCCCCGUCCCGGGGGUCACAUUGUUUAUAUAGACUUACAUAGGGAAAACUUUGAAAAUCUUCUUUUACAAAACCACAUAGCCUAGGGCUUUGAUAUUUGGUAUGUAGCAUUAUCUAGUGGUCCUUUACCAAGACUGUUCAAAUUAUCCCCUAGGGUCAAAUAUGGCCCCGUCCCGGGGGUCACAUUGUUUAUAUAGACUUAUAUAGGGAAAACUUAGAAAAUCUUCUUUUACAAAACCACAUAGCCUAGGGCUUUGGUAUUUGGUAUGUAGCAUCAUCUAGUGGUCUUCUACCAAGAUUGUUCAAAUUAUCCCCCUAGGGACAAAUAUGGCCCCGCCCCGGGGGUCCCAAAUUUUACAUAGACUUAAUAUAGGAAAAACGUUUAAGAAUCUUCUUGUCUGAAACCACAACUCUUAGACAUUUGAUAUUUGGUUUGUAGCAUUGUCUUGUAGUCCUCAACCAAAAUUAUUUAAAUUGUACCCCUUGGGUAAAAAGAGGCCCUGCCCUGGAGGUCCCAAGUUUUAUAUAGACUUUUAUAGGAAAAAGCUUUAAAAAUUUUUCUUGUCUGAAACCAUACGACCUAGGCUUUUGAUAUUUGGUAUGAUGCACUGUCUAGUAGUCCUCUACCAAAAUUAUUCAAACUAUGCCCCUUGGGUUAAAAGAGGCCCCGCCCUUGGGUCACUUAGUUACUAUGUGAGUUUUAUAGGAAAAAUACUUAAAAAAUCAUCUGUUCCUAUUUCCAAGACCGUUUAAUUAUAAUUACCUGAUGACCCUAAGUAAUAUGAUGUCACUUGACUGUGACCUUGACCUACUAACCUUUUUUCUUGUUUUUGAAGAUACAGCCUUGAAAUUUUGAUGACAUACACAGUUUUGCACACAAAUCGUAAAACUGAAUUUCAUUGACCAUGAAUGUGACCUACUGACAUUCCUAAUAUUUUAUCAUCAGUUUGACAUUUGAAACAUGUAGCUCAUAUUACUCAGGUGAGCGAUCCAGGGUCAUCAUGACCCUCUUGUUUAUAAAUACCAACAAAAAUAUGCAUGAAAAUAGCACAAUAAGAUUGAUUCUUUUUACAGAUUUUAUUAUAUACUUAUUUAAUAUCAUAGUCAUAUUUGUAAUACUAUACCAUUGCAAUAAUGGGUACAAAUGAAAAAAGGAAAUAUUGUUUCAUAUUCACCUUUGUGAACAUUUUUUCAAUGAAAAAUAUUCAUAGUAAAGAAUUUUUUUUUUAAUUUAGAAGAAACUGUUUCAUAGAUUUUUUUGUUUUCCUUUUAUUUAGAUAAUUGUAUUGUGAACAUAAAAAAUGCCAAAAAUGUAUGGGACACCAGCUUAAAUUGUAUGUUAAGACCGCUUGAAUACAACACCUGUUUACGAUAACGAAAACGCGACAACACGAUGAUGAUAACGCGAUACAACAAUAACGAAAACGCGAUAAUACGAUGAUGAUAAUGCAACACACUUUCGCGUUUUCACCAUCGUACUGUCGCGUUUUCACCAUCGUACUAUCGCGUUAUCGCGUUUUCGUUAUCGUAGUAUCGUGAUUUCGCAAUUUCACCAUCGUACUGUCGCAUUAUCAUCAUCGUACUGUCGCGUUAUCACAAUCGUACUGUCGCGUUAUCGUCAUCAUACUGUCGCGUUAUCACCAUCGUACUGUCAUGUUAUCAUCAUCGUACUAUCGCCUUCCUUUGCCCAUGCCCAUAGAAGAAUUUCCCCUCCAGUGUUCUGGUUUCUAUUUAUCUUGUUAUUUAAGCAUUGAAAUUCAAAAUGAUCUGUAUAACGUUUUUCAGCUAAAACAAAAUAUGUACUUUGGCAAAAACUCUGCAGGUCAAUCGCGUUUAGUUUUCUAUAUAGUAUAAAAUUAAUAACAACAAAAAAGAAUGUUAUAUUGUACCAUGAUCAGGGCGUUUUUGGUCUGACAUGAAUAUUUUCACAAAUAUGAUGAUGACUAUUUUCACAAAUAUUCUGGCUUUUAGUUCUACACUGAAAAGCAAAUGCAUGUCUUGUAAAGCUCAAGUUAUCGAUGUUGAAUUCCGUAAGACGCAUAACAACACUGAAAUCGGAGCAUCGCAAAUAUUCGAAGAAUAUUUUUUGCAGUUUUCAUGGCACAUAUUUUCAUUUUAAUGCAAUUUCUGCAAAAAUAAAAUAAAAAGUAAGGUGGUUUACAACCAAAAGUGACAGAGUUAACGCCCCUUUACUCAGACAUUUAAUUUAUGAUUUUACAGGAAUGAGAAAUGCAGUAAAAUUAUAUCUGCACAGCAUUCUGAACCUGUCCACGCUUUGUCUCCUUAAAUUCAUUUUCUGUAAAUGUCUCUUAAAUUGACGAAAGCUGAAAAAGCAUGCAAAAUGAAUUGUUUUAUUAUGUUUUACUUUUGACUAACU